AUGGAGAAAACAAUGUCUGAAUUGAGUGGAAACGAUCGCAAACUUCUGGAGGGUAUUGAACAGCAUUACCACCAGUUGGCCGCUGAGGCCAAGAAGAAACACUCGCCCGUCAAAGAGGCCUCGGAGUCGGGAAUCGUUAAAAUCAGAAGUGUUUCCAAACGACCGCCGAAUCUGAAGAGCGCUCUAAUGACGGAAAGCGCCGAAAUCAUGGAACCAUUCUUCAUGGGCUGCGACACGAAAGUGGCUAAAAUGGUUCAAAUCUCACUCAACGCCAUCCAGAAGCUCAUCAUCUAUGAGGCCGUCUCUCAGACUGCGGCCAAUAAUCUCCUCAACUGUUUGUGGAAUUUGAUGGAAAGCGGUGUCGAAGAGCUAAAACUGCUGCAAACCAUCACUUUAUUGAUUACAACAAAUAGUUUAGUUAAGAGCGAGAGUCUGGCGAAAGCGCUGUCUCUUUGCUUCCGACUCCACUUUACGAAGAACUCGACCACUAAUAACACGGCUUCGGCUACUAUUCGACAGUUAGUUUCGGCUGUUUUCGAAAGAGUCCAAACCGAAGACCAAAUUCCACCCGAAUCAAACAAAGUGCACGACAUUAAGUUUGAUGACAUAAAGUCCGGCAAAUAUAUCCCAAUCUCUUUACGUGCGGCCGCUUCGGACGCCUUCUUCUUUUUCCAAGAUUUGGUACAAUUGGUUAAUGCGGAACAACCCUUUUGGUUGACAGGACUCACAGAAAUGACCCGAACUUUUGGUUUAGAACUGUUAGAACUGAUAUUUUCUUCAUUUCCCGAUGUCUUCUAUAAGCACGAAGAAUUCAGUUUUCUAUUGAAGGAGAGAGUGUGUCAGUUAGUUAUCAAGUUAUUCUCUCCAAACACUAAACUCCGGACGCAAACGUUGAAUUUGCAAACAAAUGCUAUGCAAACUACAGACAAACCCUUUUGGCCCAUAACUGUACGACUAUUGAGAAUUGUAUCGGUUUUGAUUCAAAAGUUCUAUACAAUGCUUAUAACGGAAAGCGAGAUAUUUUUGUCACUUUUAAUCAAAUCCUUAGAGCCCGACAAACCUAAUUGGCAGCGUUCGAUGGCAUUGGAGGCCUUAUAUCGUAUGAUACAACCAAAUCUUAUUAGCUGUUUGUGUCGUUUCUACGAUAUGAAACCGCACAGUUCAAAGAUAUUCCGAGAUAUAGUGAACGCGUUGUGUAUAUACAUAAAGUCACAGUUCCUGUUUGUGGACUCGUCCACCACUCAAAGCCUGAUUGCAUCCAUUGUCAACAAUAAUCACAACUCGAGUCCAAGUGUAGUCACAUCUUCUAAUUCGUCCAUUAAUUCAUCGUUGAAUUCAAUGUCCAAUACUAAUAGCCCGACGCCGGCCUUCCUUUUGCGCGGAGUUUAUAUUCCGCUACUUUUCAAUACAACCAAAAUUAAAUACAAGCCUUUCUUUAUCGAGCAAUUGGACAAAUUGGAGGCGCCGUCCGCUCCCGAAGGACACGGACUCUCCUCAGCGUUUGCCUGUGUUUUAGAAAUAGUCGAAAGUCUCACAAACGUUAUUGAAUCUGAUUUGAAAAACAAUGUAAACGACACCAACGAACGCAUCGAAACCGUUAAUACACUCACCGAAGAGACUCGUCUUCUUCAUGAGAAUCUUCUCAACGCAUCUUGUUGCGGAAUUUUGGGUGCAUUUUCUCUAUUACUCGAUGCCUCGACUGACGAGUCGGUCACAGAAUUGAUAUUAAAUAAAAUGAAAAAAUUAGCGAGUCUCUAUGGUAUCUAUGAGUUGGAUGAGGCCAGGGAUGCAACGCUUACAUCCAUUUGCAAGUCAUCUUUACCUCCGAAUUACAGUCUUUCGGUCCUAAACUUAAGUCAAAAAAGCGAAACCGAUUCAAAGUCUAAGAGUAAUCGUAAAACGAGUUUAGAUAAAAGCGAUUCAAUAAAUAUAACAAAUUUGAUUUCACAACAAAACUCACAAAACACUUCCGGUGCCUCUUAUUUGGGUACAAACGAGUCCAGCGAAACCCGACAACAGGUGAUCGCCGUCGGAACCCCAUUACCCACGCCAUCACUACCACAGAAUGUACAACAGGGACCAGUUCUGCUCACAUCGAAAAACCUUCAGUGUAUGAAUGCAAUCCUAAACGUAGCGAAUAGUGACGGAUCGGUGUUGAGUGAGAAGUCGUGGCACAUAAUCCUAACAACAUUACAACAUUUAGUCUGGAUAUUGGGUUUAAAGCCGACCAAUGGUUCGAACGGUUCCCUUAAGAUCGGUCGGUCGGGCACAGAGGGCGGCGCCUCAAGCAAUGCGUUGAUCACAACGGCCGCGAUGUCUGAUCUGCCAAUGCUGUCAACAAUGCUCUCGCGUUUGUUUGAGUCUUCGCAGCAUCUAAAAACCGAAUCGCUAUUACAUUUAGUCAACGCUUUGGUUAAACUGUCUCAGGAGUCGAUGGAUAUCGCGUACAACAAUCGGGAACCGUCUUUGGUUAGUAUUGAAAUGCAAUGGCAUUUGAAACGCGAUAUAAUUAGUGUGUAUUUGUUGGAUCAGUUUGCGGUCGCAAAGCUCUUGGAAACAGCGAUCGUUAAUCUAAACCGAAUAGAUAUUGUUUGGAAACAAGUGACAUCCCAUUUCUUAGAAGUUUGUAGUCAUCCACACAUAAAAAUGCGCGAAUGGGGUGUCGACGCUCUUUGUAAUCUUGUGAAGUCAACUCUAUCUCAAACUCAAACGGAAAGCAAGUCUGAAACAGAAGCCGAUAAUAAUCGCGAGACGACGGCUACAGUCAAACAAUUUAUGUUUUUGGCUCCGCUUCAGGAGUUGUCAUAUAUAAGUCACGCCGAUAUACGACAGAAGCAAUUGGAUUGUGUUCUCCAGAUAUUGCAAUCCAAUGGCGAUGUCUUGACGUACGGCUGGACACAGAUCUUUGAGAUCGUCGGCGCGAUCAACGAAACCCAAAACGAGAAUCUGAUUCGUCUGUCGUUUCAAUGUCUUCAAUUAAUUAACGCCGACUUUUUAGCAUUAAUUCCAUCCAAUUGUCUAAUACUAUGUGUGGACACAACCGCCAAAUUUGGUUCCCAAAUACAGGAGUUGAACGCAUCGCUCACUGCUAUUGGUUUACUCUGGAAUAUCGCAGACUUUCUCCAUUCAAACCAAAACAAAAUUAAAAGUAUUUUUGAACAAAACGCUAGUAAACAGGAGUUGAGCCAAACCGACAAAAAUAGUAUUACCAGUGAUUUAAACGAUUUCGACUCCUUAUGGAUGGCUUUGUUUAGGCGUUUGGGUGAUUUAUGUAUUGAUUCGCGAGCGUCUGUUCGAAAGAGUUCUGCCCAGACUUUAUUCGCCACACUUUCCACUCACGGAUCUAUAUUAGAAGCGAAGACAUGGAAAUCAGUUCUUUGGGAUGUAUUGUUCCCAUUGUUAGAUCGGGUGAAAAUGUUGUCCGAAGUGGCCACUAGUGAUAAGAUUACUGAUACCAAAUCGAGUUCCACUAUAAUCAUACAUCACUCUAGAAAUACAGCACAAAAACAAUGGUCAGAAACUCAAGUAUUGGUGCUGUCGGGUGUCUCACGUAUAUUAAGUCUCAAAUUGGAUUUGUUAGUCAAUACCGACGAUUUCUACAAGACAUGGACUCUAUUGCUUAAAUUCAUUGAGUCGUCGGCUCUCAACCAGAACAGUGAGGUCUCGCUCUCAGCACUCAAAUGCUUUCAAGAGAUACUAUGUUUGACUAAAUGUGGCAAUAAUGAGAACCAAACCCUAUGGGACGCCGCUUGGAAUUCAUGGUACCACAUUGGAUUUACGACAACUCAAUUGAAAGACACAUCGGAUUUUGUUAAUAAAAAUUUAGAUACGAGUCCUUACGUGCCGUCGCAGGCAUUCUUGACUUCACUCAUUCAGAUAUUUCCCUAUUUAUUCAUUCAUAUAAAACAUAAAUUCUCUGAAAGUGAUUUCAACAAAUUGUCUCUUGUAUUACAAAACACAAUAUCUGUGCCGCUAAUGAAUUCGGACGCGAGUUUGCCGUAUAUGUUGUCCCUAUCGAUGGCCGAACCGUUGACACCAUUACAAGAAAACACACUCUUUGUUGUGGAAACGCUGCAAAAAGAGAUUCUAAUUGAUCCAGACCUCCAUCCUCUGUUGCCAUCGAUUUUUAACCAAUAUUUAGCGCUUUCUUGUUAUGCCGUCAAUAUUAUUCCGCCACAUUUACCAACGUUUGCCAAAACACAGAUUACUCCCCAAUUGAUUGCUGGAGAUGUGUCGGCACUCAAUACAAAUACUUAUACUUCAUUGGGUGAGAGAGCGCUCAAGAAUGCUAUGGCUCUCUAUCAGAAGACAGCGAAUGAAACAAUAAUUAUUAAGUCUAAUAUUCUUCACUCAAUAAUUAAGACGCUGAAGAUAUCAUUAUGUUUGAAGUAUUCGUGUCCAUCGCAGAGCACUUGGAAACUGUCAGUCAAUACACUGUUAACUGCACUACAGAUCGGACUUCCAAUCGCUAGAAACAAUCGUAAUAUUGAUGUUAUAAAGACUAACCGAUUCUCUAUUUGCAUAGCGUCUGACUUUAACAGAAUUUGGGCCGAUUUGGCGCUUUGUUUUGACGGUUUCCUAUUCCCGAUCUCAAAGCCCGCGUCCACUCAAACAUUAGAAGAACAACAAUUUGACGAAUCACUUGACGUGAAAAUUGUUGAACUCAUUCGCGACUCAAUUAUGCCAUUCGCAGCUCAGAUUCCGCAGGAGUUUGUAUUACAAGUGGUGUCACUACUGAAUAAGGGAUCCAUUCACUCGGCGACUAACAGCUCACCCGUCGAUACAGAAUCGACGAGAAAAUUGCGAGAAGAGUUCGCGCGAACCUGUUUUGAGACAUUACUUCAGUUCUCGUUUUUAGCCCCGAAGGGAAAUCCCGGGCUUUUCAUGUCUUCGGGCAACGAUUUAACUCCCGAUCACAGCAUUGGAAUUGUUAACAAAUUGGCCGUCACUUCAAUACUUCAACGUUUCAAUGAAGUGGUUAUUAAAUAUGUUGAAGACGAACGGUUGUGUCCGUGUCCUCUACCGCGGCAUCGAAUGGCGGAAAUAUCGUUUGUAUUGAAAGCGUUGGCGACUCUCAUAGUGUCUCUAAAGAAGGCACCGUUGGGUAGCGUUGAGCCGCACGUAUGGGAUCUAUUGAUUCGGUUGUACCCGCCUAUAGUGGACUGCACGACAUCCAACUCUAUUCAAGUGAAUCGAUCGCUUCGGGAAGUAUUGCAUCAGUACUCAGACCUGUUGUCUGCGCCCCAAACCACGUCUCAGAAGGCGCUCAAUAACGGCUGUUAGGGUUAGCAAUCACUUCACACCAAACACUAUCGAUAACAAGGA